ACUCCGCCCAUAUUAGAACGCGGCUCACUUUCAAACGUUAUGGCGUCGAGAAAAAGAACAACAAUAGCGCCGAGCGGAUUCAAAUCCGUCCAAAUGACAUCCACUGAAGCAAAGAGCUCCAAAAGUGGGAACGAUGCUAAUAAAGCCAACAACAGUGGAACUGGGAAGAAAGGUGUUAAAUCCAGUGCAACUAUGGUCAAGUCUCGAUAUAUGCAGUCUGCUGAGAAGACAUCAUUGUCAAAGAGUAACUCGCUGACCAAUGAGUCCAUUGCCGUGCCACUGAAGCCUUCCUCACCUAAACCUUCUGGUGUCAGACCAAAGUUGGGCGCAUCACCAAGACGGUCCAUGGCUCCACAAGCUUUUGCAACAUCCACGACAUUACAUGAAACGGAACCUUCUCUGCUCAGGAAAAGUAUUCUGCAAUCUACCUUCACUGAUGGACCCUGCUUUCGACCAGAAUUUGAUAUUUCAGUCAUCAAAGAAAAAACAGUGAUGGAAAAUGCUUCAGAACCUGAGAGAAACCCAGAAGAGGAGAAGUGGGACAUUGAGAUGCAAACAUUCCUUCUUGCAUACCUCACAGCUAAGAUGGAAAACAAUACUGCAAAACUCAAGGCUGAGGCAGAGGCAAAGCUCUUGCAGAUAAUGGAAGAAGAAGAGGCACUGCGUAAGGAGGUCCAGGAAAAGAAGUGCCAAUAUCUGCUUGCAGAAAAGGAAAAUCUUCUAAAUGAACUGCUGGAUUUGCAGAUUGCUGCACUGAGUCCUGUGGCUGAAGCUGCCAAGCAGUUCACAAAAGAAUACAAGUCUUUUGCAACAGCUGUUGACACCACUCGCCAUGAGCUGCCUGUCAAGAAUUUCUACAUUGAUGGGGACAGACGGGAAUUUCUAGAUAAAGCUGAAGCUUGCCUGAAGGAGAGUGAGAAGUUGCUGACGGAAUGCACUGAGGGAGAUCACAAGGACAACAGCAUCUCUCUCGAGUGCAUGAGGAACAUGAAAAUGACAUCAAAGGAGAUCAGUCAUCAGCUUUCAGGUACAUUUUCAGAGCUACUGGAGCUGUCAUCGUUGGCCUGCCGCCAUACCAUCCUUGUCCAACAGGCUGCGGAGGAAGAGCAGCUCGGCACAGCAAGAACCCAUGAGCUCUACUGUCCCAAACAGUGAAAGAUAGCAUGGGAUACAUAGUACAUGCACUUUGCAAACUCCUUAAACUUCCGUGUAUUAUUUGUGUCGUUUUUGUCUUUCUGUGGACUAAUAGAUUUUUAUUUAUUUUUCUUUGCAGCUGUAUUGUGUAAAUGAUGUUGUUUUACA